GGAAUAAUAUAAUAAACUUUAAUUUUGUUUUAUUCAUUUAAAAUAAAAGUAAUUUUGUAUCAUGACUACUUAUAUCAGUACUAGUCAAUAUGACAGUCAAUCUGUUUACUGAAGCUGGAUUCAUUUAUUUAGAUAGGGUAUUAGAUAUCUAGAUAAAUUUAUGGGUGCCAAAUUUGCACUAAUAUCAACCAUUUGGGAUAACUUUAUUGAAAACAGCCAGAAUUGCUAUAAACCUGGUGCAAACAUUACAAUAGAUGAGCAAUUUAUCCCAACCAAAGCCAGAUGCAGGUUUAUGCAAUAUUUACCGAAUAAACCAGACAAAUUCGGAAUUAAAUUUUGGCUGGCAUCCGAUGUUCAAACAAAGUAUGUUGUAAAUGGAUUUCCUUAUUUAGGAAAGAACGAAAAACGAGCACCAUCGCAACCUCUGGGUGAAUUUGUGGUACUCAAACUUAUUAAACCAUAUAGUAUGAAGGGAAGGACAAUUUUUUACAAGUUUGUCACUGGCAUAUAAAUUAUUAACCAAAAGAACCAUACUGGUUGGAAUACUACUGGAAUUUAUAAAAGUAAGCUGAAAAAGAAAGUUUCUAUCCUGAACUCAAAACAUAAAACUAUCAAAAUUGGAAAAAACGAAAAGGGCCUACUUGAAAUAGUUGAAUUUUAUAAAACAAAAUUUGGGGUAGAUAUAGCAGGCUAAAUGGCAAAAAAAUAUAGUGUGAAGUAGGGAUCAAGAAGAUAGCCACUUCAAGUAUUUUUUAAUAUUUUAGAUUUAGCUGGCAUAAAUGCCAGGAUUUUAUAUAAGGAAACCACAGGUGAGCAGAUAUCCAGAAAGGAUUUUAUUUUUCAAUUAGCAGAUGAACUUGCCACUGACAAUGAAAAAUCAUGGAUAGAACAAAGAGCAUCCGAGAUCCAAAGUAUGUCAACCUUACUCACCUUAUUCACGCAAAUGGCAUCAGAUAGGGUACUGUAAUAAUAAUAAGACCGCCACCAUUUGCAAUCUUUGUAAAAAAAUAUGUACGCAGGAAGUACACGCGGAAGAACUUUUUACAUUUGUAAGAAAUAUGACGAAUGAUAACUUUUGUACCUAAUAAUUUAAGUUAUAUUUGUAUUUUAUUUAUUCUAUUAUGCUUAUUAUUAUAUUAUACUUCUUAUAUUUAUCAUUGGAAAUUUAUUUUAAUAUUCUUGUUACCAAAGAUUUUGGUACUAAAUAUUCUUCAUUACUGUACUUAUUGUUAUUAUUAUAGUUGUUAUUAUAUAGUUUUUAUCUCAGAACAUGAAGUUCCUUUUGUAAGGUAAUAAUAAAUUAAUAAAUAUAAAAAUAUUCUACUAUUACGUAUUUUUUAAAGACCAGUUAUUUUGCCUGGUUUUGAUAGAGAUAACUACAUCUCAAAUGUCAGUAGUUCUAGUGUGAA